GUCACGCCGCCGGGGCAGCAGUCGGAUCGCGGAGAGGAGGUUGUUGUUUUGUUGCUGUGGGGUAGACAGCUGUUCUCUGACCGCCUCGUGCCUCCACUUUAACGGUCAUUUUAAAUAAACGUAUUCAGGGCAAAGCUUCAUUCUUCGGGUUCACCACCGCCUCCGUCUGCAUCGAGCGAAGGAUCGAGCCCCGGAAACAUGAAAUGGAUGUUCAAAGAGGAUCACUCCUUGGAACAUCGAUGCAUAGAAUCAGCCAAAAUCCGCAACAAGUACCCUGACCGGGUCCCAGUGAUUGUGGAGAAAGUGUCGGGCUCACAGAUCGUGGACAUCGACAAGAGGAAGUACCUGGUCCCCUCUGACAUCACAGUGGCUCAGUUCAUGUGGAUCAUCAGGAAACGCAUCCAGCUGCCCUCUGAGAAAGCCAUCUUCCUGUUUGUGGACAAGACGGUGCCUCAGUCCAGCAUCACGAUGGGGCAGCUGUACGAGAAGGAGAAGGACGAGGACGGCUUUUUAUACGUGGCCUACAGCGGGGAGAACACCUUCGGCUUUUAAGAGCAGACGCCGCGACCCCGAGCCGGCGCCGCACCCGUCCCCCUCAUCCAAUCACAGCCCUCACUCAGAGCCCCUGGAGAAGCCGCGGGGGAAACCCCACAGAGAUUCAGAGACAUGGAGGUACGGGCGGAGCGCUCACCUGA